AUACACCCAUGCCAAGUACGUACGUAGAGACAGCCACACCGAGUUUUCUCAUUCGUAUCGCCACUCACAACACAUCGGCCACGCUGGCUCCAGUACCAUGUGCGCUCGUUCUUGUCAAUCAGCUUGUCUCAUGCGGCACAUGCACUUCGUGAACGAGGAAGAUCUCGCUGGGGACGUCGACGUCCUUGAUGGAAUUCCCGUGGAUGCUUGGAAACCAGACCCGAAAUGCGACCGGUGCAACGCCUGCGUCAAGAAAUUUCGGCUGUUUUACCGUCGAAGGCACCACUGCCGCGUGUGUGGUGAACUCUACUGCUCAGAGUGCCUGCAACUGCGCUACGUGCGUGUGCCGUGGCUUGGCGUGGCUCUUACCUUGGUUUGCAUGUGGUGCGACCAAAAGGCUACGACUUCCCACCGCCUUAAGUCUUCAUGUCUUCGACCUCUUCCGCCGCCAUCCUCCCUAGGCAUAUCUUCACUCGAAGGCCAAAAUCCGUUGCCUUCGAAAACCCAAUGUAGCACACAUGGUUUGCAUAUUGGCCUCAGCCGCUCGACAACACAACGACCACUACCAGCGGCCAUCUCCUCUCCAGCCAUCCCCCCCAGUCUCAUGUCGACGCGAUCCGUUGCCCACAUGCUGCCACGUCACCACCGGUCUACCACAGCUCAGCUCGAUCGUAGUCUGAACGUGCUCUGUUCAACCAUGCACUGCGCUUACGGCGCCAUCGUCAUAACCGCUGGUUCGUCGUUCAAAGUGCUGACACAGCACGGACGGUCUGUGGUGACCACAUCUGCGUUUUCAUUUGAAGAGUUCUUGAUCGAAAAUGCAACUACAGUGACACGACCUUGGUGCUGGAAUGCUACGGCGGACUUUCUCUUCUGCGGCAUCGCGCCACUACUGGACAAGGCCACCACCGCCAUCGCCGGGUAUGUCGUGGUGCUGGGUCGCCAGCCCCGAAACCCCGCCAUCUUAGACGCACUCCGGCGCAUAUUGCACCAACAUGCCUUGCAAAUCACGGACCAGCUCAAUCAGCCGCCCGAACUGUCGAGGAAACUCAUCUCUCUACGGGCAGGAUGUAGCAACCAGGCGGCUAUCUCGCCGUUAUGGGGGGGGCAGUGGAUAUGUUAACGAGAAUGAACAAGACACUAACCUGCAA